AACACUCAUCAAGCGUCAUCUUUUUUUUUUUCUCUAAUUGCGCUUGCCAUUUCUGGCUAGUAUGCGCUCUGUGCACCUUCAUUCUUCCUUGCGGUCGUAGAUUCGCACCCAGUUAGAGGGAAAGUGUAGUGGGUGGUGACGAAGAUCAUCACCACCACUAUUCUUCAUUUUCCCCUAAUAUAUCAUAUUAAGUACAGAGGUUUAGGGGUUUAGAGAGAGAGAGAAAAAGGGGGGAAAUGGGGGACACUGUAGCUUACAAGGAGUACUUAGCCGGUUUACUCGGCGGUGUUGCCACUGUUAUCACCGGUCAUCCCUUCGACACCGUCAAGGUAUAUGUAUUUGAUCUGGGUUCUGCAAAUACUAGAAAAAUGCCUGCACAUUUCAAUCACUCAUUUUGUUAACUAAUUUGCAUAGUUUAGUGGCUUCAAGGAUAUAUGUUACUGAAAUUCUCUUUAUACGUGUGAUUGUUUUGUUUGUUUCUUCAUUUUUCUCAGGUAAAGCUGCAAAAACACAAUACGGAAGCGCAUGGGAUUAAGUACAGGAAUGGUCUACAUUGUACGACUAGAAUCCUACAGACUGAAGGACUGUCUUUGGCAGGUUAAAGGACUUUAUAGGGGUGCAACAUCAUCGUUUGUUGGGGUGGCUUUUGAGAGUUCACUUCUUUUUGGAAUUUAUUCUCAAACAAAGCAGUCGUUGCAGAGAGGAGUCGAUAGUGAUUUGCCCAUGCCCCAAGUAAUAAUUCCUUCUGCAGCUUAUGGUGGAGCAAUUAUAAGUUUUAUAUUAUGUCCAUCUGAGCUAGUAAAGUGUAGGAUGCAAGUUCAGGGUACUGACUCCUUAGUUCCAAAGUUCAGUAGAUACAAUGGUCCUCUUGAUUGUGCCCUUCAAACAGUGAAAAAUGAAGGGGUUUCAGGCAUUUUUCGAGGGGGUUUUACAACACUCUUAAGAGAAGCUAUUGGAAAUGCAGUCUUCUUUAGUGUUUAUGAGUAUGUCCGCUAUCACAUGCAUUUACAAUUGAAAGCUUCUUUUUCUGACCACAACAGUUUGAUUGACAUGGGAGUUGGCAUUGUGAGUGGUGGCCUCGGUGGUGUAGCUUUCUGGUCUGCUGUUUUGCCCUUGGAUGUGGCAAAGACUGUCAUCCAGACUGCUCCAGAUAAAAGCUCUACCAGAAAUCCAUUUCAGGUGCUGAACUCGAUUUACAGGAGGGCUGGACUUAAAGGAUGCUAUGCAGGUUUGGGUCCUACAAUAUUGCGAGCAUUUCCAGCUAAUGCUGCUGCAAUAGUCACCUGGGAACUUGCCAUGAAAAUGUUGGGGAUCAGGCAUGAUUGAAUUUGAUAGUCAAUUACCAAGAUGAUCGCCCUCACUAGAUUUGUUGGCUUUUAUUAAAUUUUUGUUUAGAUUUUGGGAUGGGCAAGUUCUAGAAAAUGGAUUGGGGAACCAGUACGAAUUCACAUACUAUUUCUUGGAGAAGAGUGCUCUGACAUUGUAGGCUUUGCAGAUAACAGUGAUCUACUUUUAAGUCAUCCAUUGCAGAUUACCUCCUAAUAUUAGCGUAGGAGGAUUGCUGCUGUACAAGUUUGUAGUGUGGUAGUGUAUGUUCCUCAGCAAGUCAUGCUUGAGCAUACUAUUGUUGUCUGUGAGAAUUAUUCACAUCAUUUCCUAUUGUAACAACUAACAUUUUGUCAAUCUAGUUGAUUUUUGACUA